AUGUCAAGCUCUGAUCGCUGCUUGGCGACGAAGCCAAGUCUUGUGUCCUCCACCACGCAGACCCUGGGUCUGCAUGUUUCCAGCUCAGCACGGCGGCGCAGCCAAGUGGGCCCAGAACCGGACUAUCACCAGUCGAGCUGGGCAGUGCCGCGGCGGCGCUACUUGGUGCGAUCCAGAGAUUCUGGCACCACGGAGGGGUGCCCCGCCCCCACCAGCCUCGUAUACCGCUUGGUGGCGUGCCACACCCACGGAUGUGAGACAAUUGUGGUUUUGGAUCAGGGGGAAGCCGAAGCCAUGCGAUCAUGCGAUAUGCCGAUCAUGGAUCACCGUGGACGUAUGGAGAAUACUGCGGCCUGCCGCGUGGUGGCCAUUGGUUUGGAUCACCGCCUUGUCAGUCUGUCCGUCCGCGUUUCCGCAGGCGCCCGGCCAGCCCCGCCCCUCCCACUACGGCGUCAGAGUCCCCAAUUCACCGCAUCCAACAACCACCGCAUCCAACAACAAAGCACCUGA